ACUUGGACUGGUCCGCAUUUUUUAUGCAGCUUGCGCAUGCGCGUUAUGUUCACGCGUUCUCUGAGGGGAUUUUGUCAGAAGGGUUCGGAACUGCUUUGUGUCGCUUUGUUUGUUGGUUCCAAGACCGUUUUAAUUUGAAUUCAUUUCGGUGUCUUUUAUGAAUAAUCAAAAGCAGCAAAAGCCAACGCUAACCGGCCAGCGUUUUAAAACACGGAAAAGAGAUGAAAAGGAGAGAUUUGACCCUACUCAGUUUCAAGAAAGUAUUGUGCAAGGCUUGAACCAAACUGGCACUGAUUUGGACGCGGUUGCGAAGUUCCUCGAUGCCUCUGGCGCUAAGCUUGACUAUCGCCGGUAUGCAGAGACGCUCUUCGACAUCCUGGUGGCCGGUGGAAUGCUGGCUCCAGGUGGGACCCUUUCUGAUGACCUGACUCGUACCGAGUACUGUCUCUUCACGGCAAAUGAAGACCUGGAGACAAUGCAAGCUUAUGCUCAGGUUUUUAACAAGCUGAUCAGGCGGUACAAGUACUUGGAGAAAGGGUUUGAGGAGGAGAUAAAGAAGCUGCUGCUGUUUUUAAAAGGCUUCACAGAGUCUGAGCGUAACAAGCUGGCCAUGCUGACUGGCAUCCUGUUGGCCAAUGGGAAUAUAUCCGCUUCCAUCCUGAGCAGCCUCUUCAACGAGAACCUGGUCAAAGAAGGUGUUUCUGCUGCCUUCGCCGUCAAACUGUUCAAAUCUUGGAUCAAUGAGAAGGACAUCAACUCGGUCGCCGCCAGUCUGCGUAAAGUCGGCAUGGACAACAGGCUGAUGGAGCUCUUUCCGGCUAACAAGCGGAGCUGCGAGCACUUCUCCAAAUACUUCACAGAUGCCGGUUUGAAGGAGCUCUCUGAUUUUGCUCGCAAUCAGCAGUCCAUCGGCGCUCGCAAGGAGCUGCAGAAAGAGCUGCAAGAGCAGAUGGCACGUGGAGAGACCCUCAAAGACAUGAUCGGAUACGUGCGCGAGGAGAUGAAGAAGACCAGUAUCUCUGAGCAGACCAUGAUUGGCAUCGUAUGGACAAGUGUCAUGAGCUCCGUGGAGUGGAACAAGAAAGAGGAGCUCGUCACAGAACAAGCCAUCAAACACUUGAAGCAAUACAGCCCGCUGCUGAACGCCUUCACGACACAAGGCCUGUCUGAACUCACUCUGCUCCUGAAGAUCCAGGAGUACUGCUACGACAACAUCCACUUCAUGAAGGCCUUCCAGAAGAUUGUGGUGCUGCUCUACAAAGCUGAUGUUCUGAGUGAGGAAGCCAUUCUGAAGUGGUACACAGAAGGGCAGUUGGCCAAGGGCAAGAGUGUCUUCCUGGAGCAAAUGAAGAAGUUUGUGGAGUGGCUGAAGAAUGCAGAGGAAGAGUCUGAAUCUGAUGAGGAGGAGGGAGACUGAGAUGCUUCAGCCACUGCUGAACUAGCAGAAUGUUUGUUACAAAUGGUUUUACUUUAACCCCUCUACCAAAUUUUCCUUUUUUUUUUUUUUUUUUUUUUUAAAUUCUAUAUUCUUGCCCCCUCUUCAAAAUCAUAACACUUUAGAUGUCAUUUAAGGGCUUUCUAAUGGUUACUUUUAACAGAUUUGUUUUUGUAUCUGAUCUUAAGGUUUACACUUUAAACACAGAUCGUGAAUUGGCCAACCAGAUUUAUUUCCUUUUUGUAAUUUCUUUUUGUAGUUACACGAUCACUCUCAAUUUUACAUUCCUUUUUUUUUGUUUUUUGGCCUCAUUUGACUGAAUGCGAUUUAAAACCUCACCAUCAUGACUGUGGAUUGGACCCAUGAGUGAAAGAUGACCCUGUUUAAAGCCCUGACUCUCUGUAAAAACAUCUAGCUUCAACUAGUCUUCAGCUAGUUGUCCUUUCAAAGACACCUGACUUUUUGGUUUUCUCAGAUUUCUUUAAUCCUGUUGACCUUUUUUUAAAGAAAUAAAAAUGAGAAAUUAAAGUGCCUCUUAAA